AUGAAGAAGUGCUUGCAGUCCAACUUUUUGCCUCAUAAUUUUCAAAGGUUGAUGUACCAACGUCUGCAGAAUUUAAAACAGGGGGCUAAAUCUGUUGAUGAUUAUACAACAGAGUUUUAUCAUUUAAUUGCGAGGAAUGAUAUUCAAGAACCGGAGGAGCAACUUAUUUCUCAGUAUAUUGGGGGUCUGAGGGUUCAAAUCAUGGAGUCCGUGAAUCUUUUUGACCCGUUAACCAUUCCAGAGGCACACCAACGGGCGUUGGCCUUUGAGAAACAGAACCGUCGGGUGAACAGUUCAUUUGCCCGUACCGGAGGGAACGUUGGGUCGGCUAGUGGUGGGGUAACUCGUGGCGGGUCUAGUCAGCAAAGGUCGGGGUUUAACAAUACCGGGCCUACUUCUAAGGGGGCUAGUAGUAGUGGUCCGAGAUGUUUCAAUUGUGGUGAGACGGGCCAUCGUCAAGCUGAGUGUAAAAGGGCUGGUAAAAAACAGUUGUUUGCUGAGUCCGAGGAUAAUCAGUAUGAAGAGUAUGAAAAUAACCCAGUGUAUGAUGAAGAAACUGAAUAUGAAGAAGAGGUUAUGACCGGUGAUGUUGGUGUGAACUUGGUAGUUAGACGAUCUUACUAUACACCAAAGGCAGAUGGGGAUGACUGGCUUAAGCAUAAUAUCUUCCACUCAACAUGUACCAUUUUGGGAAAGGUUUGCACAUUCGUUAUUGAUUCGGGGAGUUGUGACAAUUUGAUUUCUGAAGAGGCAGUUCAAAAGUUAGCCUUGAAAACAGAGAGUCACCCCAAGCCUUAUAAGCUUCAAUGGCUUAAAAAGGGAGGUGAAGUGACGGUAUCUAAAAGGGCACUUGUUUCUAUUUCUAUUGGGUCCACCUUUAAAGAUGAUGUUGUGUGUGAUGUGGUCCCUAUGGACCCGUGUCACUUAUUGUUGGGUAGACCUUGGGAAUAUGAACGUAAUAUAGAGUAUAACGGGCAGUCCAAUACUUAUAGCUUUCUGUUUGGUGGUGUGAAGAUAACUCUUGUUCCUAGCAAGCCUAAGCAGUUAGCCACAAAACAGUCGGGUACUUUGUUGAUCAUCAGUCAGUUUCAAGAUGAGUUGGAGGACACAGACAAUGUUUUUAUUUUGAUAGGGAAGGCAGUGCCCGAGGAAGUCGAAAUUCCUGAUGCUAUGGUUCCUUUACUUGAGGAAUUUUCUGAUGUUUUUCCUGUUGAGUUGCCUGAUGAAUUACCACCUUUGCGUGACAUCCAACAUCAUAUUGAUUUGGAGCCUGGGUCACAGUUACCCAAUAGACCACAUUACAGGAUGAGCCCUACUGAGCAUGAAGAGUUGCGAAGACAGGUUUAG